UCCUCCCCCUUCCUCUGCUUCUUCUCCUUAACUCACUCACACACCAUCUCCAUUUCUCUAGAUUAACUUAGCUAUUUCUAUGGCGGCCACCAACACUUUCCACAACCUUGGUCGUCUCAACCACCACCACUCUACCACUCAUGACAUUCCUCCUCCUCCUUCCACCGCCGCCACUUUCUUCCUUAAACCCUCAACCUCCGCCCCUCUCUCUUCCCACCGCCACCUUCACUCUUUCGUCAUCUCUUCCACCAAAACGUUUUCAGUCUCUCCCACUACCUCGUUUUCCCGUCCUUCUUCUUCUUCUUCUUCCAAAUCCGACACCUUCGCCCAACUACAGCAGCACCUCGCCGCCCAGAACUUCCGCGAAGCCGACGAAGAGACUCGCCGCCUCCUCAUCGUCCUGGCCGGCGAGGCAGCCCAGAAGCGAGGCUACGUCUUCUUCUCCGAGGUCCAGUUCAUCCCGGAAGCCGACAUGAUAGCCAUCGACGACCUCUGGCGACAGCACAACAACAACAGGUUCGGCUACUCCGUCCAGAAGAGGAUAUUCUUUGACAAGGUCAACCAGGACUUCACCAACUUCUUCAUCAGAGUCGGGUGGAUGAAGAAGCUCGACACCGAGGUCGACCAGUACAACUACAGAGCUUUCCCUAACGAGUUCAUCUACAGUUGGAUGAAUCCUCACGUGUGGGUGGUCAACGAGAAAGUUAACUCCGAAGCAGUUAACUCCGUCUCCACCCUUUUUAAAAUUGACCAAUCAUAUAACGACACGUCAUCAUUUUUAGUUUGGGCUCUCGGAGAGUAG